GGUGAGACAGGCCACGCCCCCACCAUGCUAAUGACUAGUAAGCUAGUGGAACCGGACCGGCAGGUUAUUUAAACCCCGUCUCAAAGAACUGGGUGAAGGUUCUUUUUCCUUCUUUUUUUUACCCCUUCAAUUGAGGAGCGGUGGGCGGACUUUUUUUUUUUUUUUUUUUUUUUUUAGCUCAGACGUCCGGAAAGUUACUUCGCGAAACCGGAGAAAAGGACGUAAACGUCUUAAGCAGUUUGCGUCACGGAUUUAAGCCGAAACUCAAAAUGGAUCGAUACGGUGACCUGGACCUUGAUUUGGAGUGUGAUGAUGGAGGAGACGUCGCGCAAAAGGCGACCUUGUUUGGUGGCAUCUUCAAGAAAUCCUCCAAACUGGUGGAAGCACAGGACAACUUGUCAGUCAGCAGUGAACUGUCAAAGAGCAACGACAGUCUGAACGACAGCGCCAAGGACAAAGGAGGUAUGUUUAAGGGCAUGUUCAAGAAGCAGCCGAAAUCGUCCAAAGAGCCACAGCAGGUGGCGCUCUCGCAACACAAUCCAGAGCUUUCAGACAGUUUAGACGACAGCAAGUCAUCCAAGGACAAAUCGGGAAUGCUGGGCGGGAUUCUGAAAAAACCUCCCAGACGGGGACAUGCACGCAGGCCCUCACAGGAUCUUCUAGACAUCGACAUGUCUGCAAGCAACAAUAUGAAUGAAAACACCAAGGAGAGCGGCGGAAUGUUCAGCGGGAUGUUUAAAAAAGCUCCUAAAAGAACACAAUCUCAGGACAAUUUGUUUGAAAACGACGAGCAGUCGGGAAGCAGCAACAACCCUGCCGUCAAUAGCAAUGCUAAGGAGUCAGCUGGCAUGUUUGGUGGAAUGUUUAAAAAAUCACCAAAGCCGCUUAAAGAAAAGACAAAGUCUCAGGAUGAUUUGUCUCAAUCCAGCGAGUUGUCGGCCAGCAGUGAAAACCUCUCUGAGGGGGGGGCCAAGGAGAAGGGAGGCCUUUUCAGCGGCGUGUUCAAAAAACACAAACAUCCCGCCGCAACCAGAACUCUGUCUCAGGAGGACUUGACGGCGGCCAGCGAGCUCUCCGACAGCAGCGACAGUCUCGCGGAGAAGUCUAAGGAAAAGUCGCAAGGAUCCAAAGAAAAUCUGUCGGAGAAGCCCAAAGUCAAGCAGAACGGCUUCAGCGCCAUGAUGAAGAACGCCUUCUACUCUGAGAAACAGGAGAAGGAGAACACAGAUGCUGAUGUUAGCAAGGAGACAACGGACAACAGCGAGAACCAGGCUGCUCACAAACAGAGCAAGCUCAACAUGCUGAAUCCAUUCCGAUCCGGAAAGGAGAAGCAGAGCGACUCCAGCGACGAGGACACUCCAAGCGCCGGCGAAAAGUCGUCCGGCCACAAACAGAACGGCGUGAAGGGUGCCAUGUCCAAACUGAACCCAUUCAAGGCUGCCAAUAAAAAAGACACAGAAGACAAUGAGACGCUCAAAGAAGCAGACAGACAAGUGGAGGGGAAACAGAAACUCAAAAACAACGCCAUUGACAGAGAGAGAAAGCAGAGAAGUGAGACGCCGCCACUUCCACGUCGACCCGCCCAAGAGGAGAAGAGCGGGACGCAGGUUCAGGACAAAGCCAAGGAGAAAGCGUCUGAAGACGCAAAGGACAACAAGGACAUGACGUCCCAACAGAGGACAGACAAGGAACCUCCCAAAGUUCCCCCGCGAAAGCCUUCACAGGAGGAGCUGAGGAGCCGAGCUGCCAACGCGCAAGUGCCAAAGCAGGAGAACCAACAUCAGAACCGAUCAGAAGGCGAGUUGCUGAAAGAAGACGUCGAGGUAGAGGCUGCGACCCCGGCGGAGAACAAAGCGAACAAGAAGAAACCAAAGCGAUACAACCCAUUUAUGCCACGUGCUGCUGCCAAGCAGCCGGCAUCAGACGACGAAGGGCUGAAAGAUGAUGAUGAUGACGAAGAAGAAAAUGAUCAGGAGCAGUCCAAAGAGGAUAAAAAGAAGGAGGAUGGCACCAGCAUACCAGAAGAGGUGAAAGUCAAGAAGCCGAAGAGGCACAAUCCCUUCAUGCCUCGCGUCAAGAAUAAAAUAGCACAAAGACGGGAGGCAGAUGCAGAGAACGAGGGCGGAAACAGGAGUUUGUUCGACCAGCUGGAGGAGUUCCGCAUUGAUCCGGCGCAGCCCGAAGACAGACAGGACAUGGACGGGCUUAUGGAGUGGUGGAACACUGUGGAAUCUUGGGAGGAUACGCCUCAGAAUGACGACAUGACGGAGAAAGAAGAAGCCAAGGCCUUCGCCUUGACGGCGGAUAAGGUUCAGAAGGGCAUCCGCGUGUUCAACAAGUUGUUCUCGGAGCGCGCCGAGAGCCUGUGGCAGCACGUCAUCGACCUGAACAGCAUGGCCGACGCCCUGGACAAGUUCAACAAGAACACCAAGAUCGCCCAGAUCACCGGCGGCUCGACCAGCGCCAUCGGCGGCGUGGCCACCAUCGCCGGCCUGGCCCUGGCCCCCGUCACCCUGGGCACCUCGCUGAUCGUGACGGCCGUGGGGCUGGGCGUGGCCACGGCCGGGGGCCUCACCUCGGCGGGCGCCGGCAUCUCCAACCAGGUCAACAACUCCAUGGACCGCAAGAAGGUGGAGAAGAUCGUGGAGGACUACCAGGAGAAGAUAGCGGACCUCAACAAGUGCCUCAAGUUCAUCAAGCAGGGAAUCGAGAACUUGCGGCGCUUCGACCUCAUCAAGAUGAAAAACAACGCGUACAACCGCGACUUCCCCGUGCUCAGCUCCAGCUUCUACGAGGACGGCGCCAUGGCGGGCAAGGCCAUCCUCAUCAACGCCAACGAGAUCAUGCGCGUGGUGCAGAUCGCCAACGUGGCGGGCAGCACGGCGGCGCGCGCCGUUCAGAUCGCCAGCAUGGCCACCGGCGUCCUCACGGGCCUCUUCGUGGGCAUGGACAUCUACUUCGUGGCCAAGGACUCCAAGGAGCUCAAGAAGGGCGCCAAGUCCGAGUUCGCCGCCAAGAUUCGCGAGGUGGCCACGCAGCUGCACGAAGGCCUGGUGGAGCUCAACACCAUACGCGAGGAGCUGCAGUCCACCAGCGCGCCGCUGGACGAGGACCAAAGGAAGGAGAAGGAGGAGGAGGAGGAGAAGAAGAAGAAAAAGGGGGGCUUCGACUACGACAGCUCGGAAGAAGACGAGAUCGACCGCAUUAAGAAAGCCAUCAAGAAGGAUCUCGACAACAGGGAGUACGUGUGACUCGAGACCGCCCGUCGCUGGCCAUUUAAGGAACUCUUAUGAGGUCCCACAAAUAUUCAACCUCCACAGCCCUCGUCUGCAUCGUAAAGGAACAUUGCGUAGUAAUAAAAUUAUGAUACUAUUUAUAUGUAUGCCUUUUGAGGGAUUUAAAAGUUUGUCGUGCACUUAAGUAGAAGAUCAAAGUUCGAACCAAGCUGUCAUUUGGUCGCACAAUGAUGACAUCACGGGUUUGUUGUUUCUUUAGUCGUAGACCUGUAAAAAUGCUAAAAAUGUGAUUUUAUAAUAAGAUUGGACAUAUUUACUAUUUUGAUGAGUUAAAUUUAUGUGGUACUUGUUUUUGGUUGCCAAAAAUUUUUUUUAAGCUAACUCGUGCUAUCUGUAUUUUGAGGACUAGAUUGCAUUUUUUUCCCUCUUCGGAGAGGCAAUGAUUGUGCUAAUAACAAAACUUUUUGAUAUGACAGUAAUGUUUUAGUUUUUCUU